CACAAACGCUAAUACAUGUUCACCGCUAGUUUGACACAUGGCUGCAAUCCAGCUUAGCGUGAGGGUAUUAGGUUAGUUAUCUGUGUUGCAUCGCAACAUCUGAUCAUCAGAGUUGCUCCAUGUAUGAAACGAUACUGGUGUAAAAUACUCACAUGAGCCUGUACAUGCGGUUAAGUGCUGUCAUGCCCCUUAAAUCAACAUUGACACAAUCAGCGCUAGCUCUUAGGAGGCUUCUUACAUACUCUUCAUGUCCCCUCUCGACCCCAUACUGCACAGGAGUCCGCUUGCACCCAUUCAUAGCACCUACAUGAGCGCCUUUCUAACAAAAUCCCACCAUAUCAAGAUGCCUAAGUUCUAAUACCAUGGGCAUAAAGGCUUUAUUAAGUUUAGACUCUAAUAGCCAUAUACCUUCUUUCUUGUGGGAUGCGUAAUCAGACUCCUAGUAUCAAUAGGACAUAAAUCAGAACAUCUAUAGAUACC